AUGAGUGAUCGGGAAGCCGAAGAGGAGAUAGAUCGGACAUUCGAAGCCAUGAUCAGGAAGCUAUCAGAGGGUUCUUUCCACAUUCGCAUCAUAGGUGGCAAUAUCUCAACUAUUGACAGGAAAGUUGUAGCAUGGUCAGUCUGUCGGGAUGAGUGGGAAGUCUGGCGUGACACUUGGAUCUGUCACAACCUCAUCAGACAGUACACUCGUAGUGGAUUUACUCCUAUAGAAGCUGAGGUGAGAGCAAUUCUACUCUACCUCGAGUGCAAUGAGCCGAAACCUGGUGACGGACAUAACAGACCAGGGCGCAAAGAAGUGAGAGUAAGCUCGAAAGGUAUCCUACACAAUCACUACCAAUCGCUGCGUGAGCAAUGGCACAACUGGGGCCGGAAGAGCACCGAUGGUGAUAACCGUCUCAAUUGUAUGGCGUUCGAUGAGGCGCAACGACUAGAUAGGGCUAUCAUGCCUGUUGAGCAGCUACGACACUAA